GAAGGAGCGACGAGGAAGCAAAGGGAAGAUGGCGGACGGGGCCGAGAAGCCAGCGGGGGCGCAACCUGCCCCGGUGUCGUUCGGCUUCACGCGGACAACCGGGCGGAGGCGGUUUCUUUUCGUGACGGGGCAGGAUGGCGGCGGCGAAGCGAAGCAGGAGCCUGAUUUCCUCUCUGCCAUUGAGGGGCGCGAGUUGCAAAGUGUUCGGCCAGCCCCACAACCGAAAGAGCUUGUCAUCCCCCUGAUCCAGAAGAACAAAUGGAAGAAGCCAGAGGACCCUGCACCACCCCAGGAACAGGAUGGGAACAGCUGCGUAGAGGCCCAAGCAGUCAGGGAGCUCAUUGAAGAAUCUAGGAAGUCGCGGGAGCAAUGGGAGAGCGGCACCAAGAUAGACCCUACACUUUCCAUUCCCCUCCUCAUGCAGAAUCGUGUCCCUGAUGGCUAUGAAGACGGAGAUAAAGUGGAUGUCAGCCUCCGUCCAGAACCGUCAACUGAGGCAGAUUAUGAAGAGGUACCAGUAGAAGCCUAUGGUCUUGCCAUGCUGAAGGGCAUGGGCUGGAAAGCAGGCGAGGGCAUCGGGCACACCUUCAAGCAAGACGUGAAGCCUCCGGAGCAUCGUCUUCGACCCAAGGGCCUGGGCCUUGGAGCAGACCGCUCAGCAGCCCAGGAUUUACAAUCCUCAGCACCCCGGCGACCCCCCAAACCUGGCGAGGAGCCUUCCAAGAGCAAGGAUGAGCCGUUGGGAUUGGUUCCAGGAGGUGCAGUCUACAUUGAGGCUGGACCUCACAAGGAGCUGUAUGGGAAGAUUGAAGGUGUAGAUGGAGAUAACGCUCGUGUCAUGGUGAAAUUGGCCAUUGGUGGGAAAACAGUAACUGUGAGCCAGCAUGGAGUCCGGCCUGUGACCCAGAAGGAAUACGAUAAGCUGGCCAAAGACCUGAGCCGCCUCAGUAAGGCCCACAAAGAGAAGGAGGCAGAACAGAGGAAUGGGACCAAGUAUGAAUCAGAUCACAGCAGAACUUCAGAAGACAAAAAGGAGGAGAGGAAGAGGAAGCACCCGCCCGGGGCCGAGAGAGAUGACCGUGUUGUGAAGCAGAAUAAGGGUGGUAGCGGUGGCACCACCAGCAGCAGCAGCAGCAGCAGCAAUAGCAAUUCCUCUUCCAGAGCUUCUCACUGGUUGCGGCGAGACCUGCGAGUUCGCUUUGUGGAUAAGCUCUUCAAGGGAGGCAAAUACUACAAUACCAAGAUGGUAAUCGAAGAUGUCCUCAAGCCAGACUCCUGUGUCUGCCGAACAGAAGAGGGUCGCGUUCUGGAUGGAAUUCACGAGUCCAUGCUGGAGACAGUUAUCCCUCGAAGUGAUUCGGACUUGGUCAUGGUGGUGCUAGGGGAACAGGCUGGCCGGGUGGGCCGCAUUCUUCGUCGAGACAAGGCGCAGAGCCGUGCACUGGUGCAGCUGCAGCGGGAAGAUGAGAAGGUCUUGACACUAGAGUAUGAUGCUGUCUGUCACUAUGUUGGUGGAUCAGAGGACGACUGAGCUCCCUCCAGAAUCCAUAACAUCUGCGGGACAGAGGAACUCCUAGACUGGAGGGGCAGCCUUGUUUCUUCAGGGAGGGGAGUGGAAUGCUGAGCACAUUAGAGGACAAUGAACAAGACUGCCUCCAUGUUUGAGGCAGGUGCUCAAAUCACCCCCACAAUUUUCUAGAGUGUUUUUUUAAAUAUAUACAGUAUAUGUGAACUCUAGGUGUGAGGCUGCUUGCAACGUGCACAGACUUGUUUCUAAACCAAUGACAGCACUCUAGAACCUGAGUGUCAAAGAUUGCCAAAGGCAAGAACAUACAGAGAAUGAAAUCUAGAGCACAGCCAAAUCAGUUGCGGGUCAACUCUUGUUCUAGAGCAACAAGCAAUUAGGCUGGCCCCAGAUCAAAGCAGUCUAGAUCUGUCUGAUACAAAUCCAGGAUUCUCUGGGGCUCCUUAAUCAAGAAACCUUUCGGUAUCAUUUUUUGAACUCUUAAGCCGUGCUCUAGAGAUGGACUACUGCAAUUUGUAUGAUCUACAUAGGAGGGAGACUGGUAUUGUGUGUGUCUGUAGGCGAGACAGCUUGCUCUUAAUCUAAAAAUGCUUUGAGCAUUCAGGGAUGGAAUCUAAAAUUAUGUGUGUCUAUCCUGGGUUUUCCAGAAUGGUGCCUGUUGUUGCUGAUAGACCUAUGCUUACAGUGUCUGUGGGAAAAUAUCUUCAAGCAAUUCAUGGGCAGAAGAGAAUACGCAUUGUCUUGUACUAAACUGAUGGUCUUUCAUGAGGACAACAGAUUAGGCAUUUACCAGGGUAUACCGAAAAGAAGGAAGUACACUUAUCUUAAAGUCAUUCUAUAGCAAUAGCUUCAGAAUGCUGACCUGCACAAACUUGGUCAUCUUAACUGGGUGUCUGUGCACUCUUAAAGAGUUGUGUAAGUGGUUACCUAAAAGUGGCAUGUGGAAAGUACGUGUCUUCCUAACCUGCUUUCAUCUGCUGUGGAAAUGAACAUAGGAGGACACAGCUUUCAAAUAAACCAACUUCCAUGGAUUGAGUAACUUUCUUUUUAGUUAAGUUGUGCUGUAAGCUGUAAAUAAACCUCAUGUUUUCCCUUC